GCCACUCUCUCUCUCUCUCUCUCUCCACUUAAUAUUAUUAUAUAUACAAACGCAUGUAAAAGCUGAUUCAGAUCAGACGUCAGGCGUAACCGUAACGAUAUCGUUUAUCUAAUUCAUCGCUGACCUUUUUACAUCCCUAUCUUUCCUUUCCCAUAAAUUCAACUUUGUGUAAUCCAUUUCGUUUCACUCAUUUCUAUAAAGCAUACCUCAGCCGGUGUUUGAUUUCCUUUUAUUUAUAUUUUCCGGCAAAAACCUAUUUUGUAGUCUCUGGGUUUCGUUCAACGGGAAUUGAGAAAUUGGGUGUUUGAUUGUGAUCCCUUUUGGCUUUCGAUUUGGUCGGUGUUAUUACCAUGAGGAAACUGAGGUCAAAGCUUGCAUUUUCUCGUAUAGUUGUUUUGGGUGUGCUGACCUGAAUCUUCUUGAUCGGGCAAGAAUUAAAAAAAAGGAGGUUAGCAUCUGUUUCUUGACUUCUUUUUACGAAUUGGGAUAUCUAUAUCUGUAAUUGUAUUUGUCUGAUUUUUUGGGCAAAGAUAGUAUAUAUGCCAAUUGGCUGAACAGAGUUCCAAUUCAAAGCUCUUAGUUCAUUUUUGGGUGUGGGUAUUCUCCUUGGGUAACUCUUGAUUCUCUUCUGAAUUUAUCGACAUAUCUCUUGACACAGUUUCAGCUCUUACUUGAUUUUGGGUGAGUAAGUCUAGGUUCUCAUUGAUUCUCUGUCGACAUAAAGACAUAUUUUGAUUUUGUUGAGAAAAACCAUUCCCAAUAUUAACCUCUGUUCUUGAAGAAUCAGUUCUUUUAAAGGAUAUACAUCCAUCUGGGUAGUUUGUUGACCACCCGGAACUUCAUUCUGAGGAUCAUUGGUAUUACUCUCUCUCUUCAUUUGAUAGAACAUACAAUUAGGAUCACCUCACUCUUCUUUAGAUAUGGAUAUAAGUAACGAGGCAAGUGUUGAUCCUUUCUCAAUUGGACCUUCGACAAUCGUGGGUCGGACAAUUGCUUUCAGAAUCUUGUUCUGCAAAUCAAUGUCGCAUUUGAGGCAUCAGAUCUUUAAUAUUUUGGUAUAUCACCUACGACGAGCCAAGAACUAUUUGUCUGAAUAUUUCACACCUUUAGUGUCGUGGUUUCAUCCCCGGAACCCACAAGGGAUACUGGUAAUGAUGACACUAAUAGCUUUCUUAUUGAAACGAUACACCAAUGUGAAAAUGAGGGCCGAGAUGGCUUAUAGGAGGAAAUUUUGGAGGAACAUGAUGAGAGUUGCCUUAACUUAUGAGGAAUGGGCUCAAGCUGCUAAGAUGCUUGAUAAAGAAAUCCCUAAAAUGAAUGAGUCGGGCCUUUAUGAUGAAGAACUUGUAAGGAAUAAGCUCCAAGAGCUCCGACACCGUCGCCAGGAGUGUUCUUUGAGAGAUAUUAUAUUUUGCAUGCGAGCUGACCUUGUUAGAAAUCUUGGUAAUAUGUGCAAUCCAGAGCUUCACAAGGGAAGGCUUCAAGUGCCCAAACUCAUAAAGGAAUAUAUAGAUGAGGUCUCAAUGCAGUUGAGAAUGGUUUGUGACAAUGAUUCGGAGGAGCUUCUUUUGGAGGAGAAGCUUGCUUUUAUGCAUGAGACAAGACAUGCGUUUGGGAGGACAGCUUUGCUUUUGAGUGGUGGUGCUUCCCUUGGAUCUUUUCAUGUGGGUGUGGUGAAGACACUGGUGGAGCAUAAACUUUUGCCCCGGAUAAUUGCUGGUUCUAGUGUGGGAUCAGUUAUGUGCUCGAUUGUUGCAACUAGAUCUUGGCCUGAGCUCCAAAGUUUUUUCGAGGAUUCUUGGCACUCUUUGCAGUUUUUCGAUCAGAUGGGUGGGAUUUUUGCAGUAGUUAAGAGGGUCAUGACACGGGGUGCAGUUCAUGAAAUCAGACAAUUGCAGAUGAUGUUAAGGCAUCUCACAAAUAAUCUUACAUUCCAAGAAGCUUAUGACAUGACCGGUAGAAUCCUUGGGAUAACAGUUUGCUCCCCAAGGAAGCAUGAGCCGCCCAGAUGCCUUAACUACUUGACUUCACCUCAUGUUGUCAUAUGGAGUGCAGUGACAGCCUCUUGUGCCUUUCCUGGCCUUUUUGAAGCUCAAGAACUAAUGGCAAAGGAUAGAAGUGGAGAAAUUGUUCCUUAUCAUCCACCAUUUCAUUUGGUGCCUGAAGAGGCUCCAGGCACAGCUGUGCGUCAGUGGAGGGAUGGCAGCUUGGAGAUUGAUUUGCCCAUGAUGCAGCUGAAGGAGCUCUUCAAUGUCAAUCAUUUUAUUGUAAGUCAGGCAAAUCCUCAUAUUGCACCUUUUCUGAGGCUGAAGGAUUUUGUGAGAGCUUAUGGAGGCAGCUUUGCUGCCAAGCUUGCUCAUCUAGCUGAGAUGGAGGUGAAACACAGGUGCAACCAGAUACUGGAACUUGGUUUCCCACUAGGAGGUCUUGCCAAGCUGUUUGCUCAAGAUUGGGAGGGUGAUGUCACUGUUGUAAUGCCUGCCACCCUAGCUCAGUACUCUAAAAUAAUUCAGAACCCGUCUCAUUUGGAGCUUCAAAAGGCAGCCAACCAGGGAAGGAGGUGUACUUGGGAAAAACUCUCAGCCAUCAAAGCUAACUGCGGGAUUGAACUUGCUCUUGAUGAGUGUGUUGCAAUACUCAAUCACAUGCGCAGACUCCGAAGAAGGGCUGAGAGAGCAGCUGCAGCUUCUCAUGGCCUCGCCAGCACAGUCAGAUUCAGUGCUUCUAAAAGAAUUCCUUCUUGGAACUGCAUUGCGCGAGAGAACUCUACAGGCUCCCUUGAAGAAGACCUACUCGCAGAUGUUGCUUCCUCACUCCAUCAAGGAGUUGGUGUGUCCACAGGAGGAAACUCUGGCCGGAAUUCACGAACCCAUCAUUACAUUCAUGAUGGGAGUGAUAGUGAAUCUGAGAACGUUGAUUUGAAUUCUUGGACAAGAUCUGGUGGACCCUUGAUGAGGACAACUUCAGCUGACAAAUUCAUUGACUUUGUCCAGAACCUGGAAGUGGACAGUGACUCCAAAACACACAGAGGAAUUAUGGCUCAUCCGAACAAUGUAAUGAAUCAAAUGGCUGGCAGGGAUCCAUAUUAUCAAACCUCAACUGUAACAACUUCAGAUAGAAACUCAGAUGUAGAAUUUGAUCAGAGGGAUUUCAACAACAGGAUUUCCAUGAGCAGUUCUAGCAUUACAGUGGCUGAAGGUGACCUUUUGCAGCCUGAGAGGAUUCAUAACGGGAUUGUGUUCAAUGUUGUAAAGAAGGAAGACUUGACCCCAUCGAAUAUAAGUCAUGAUUCAGAAAACAACAGCUCACAACAUGAUUCAGUUGCUGAAUGUGUGCAACUUGAUUGUCCAGAAAAGGAAACGGAUGCAAGUUCAUCGUCUGAAUAUGAUGAAAGUGAAGUCACUGUAGGUGAUGGUCUAGGCGAAAUGGAUUCUGGUUGUGACUCCAUGAGUCAUUCGGCAUAGAUGAUGGUGCGGUACAGAUGGUGGAGAUUCGGUUAUGCUCUGCUGCUGAUUCAGAGGACUUGAUUUAAUGCUGGAGUUAAACUGAAGUUUACUAACAGCAGACAAUUGGGAAUUUUAUUUCCACUCCAGAGUAGAAAGCAGAAAGUGAGGAACACAAAGCACUGUUCUCAGAGCAUGACUGUGUUGGUUCUGCACUUAUAAAUAAGCAGUCCUGCAAUAUCAUUCCUUUGAGAUUGUUAUUGUGUAAAAUAAUCUUGUGUAAGCACACCAAAGUUCUUUAACUUUUUAAAUUCAGUUGCAGUUAGCAUAUUUCUUAUGCUUUAGCUAGAUUGUGGCUAGCUGAAUUGCAAUAAGAGCUGUUUCUUCAAGAGGCAUCCAAAAUCAAAAACUUAGUU